AGGAACUAUGAAGAUUUGCAUCUGGAACACUUGGUGACCUCACCAAUUUCAGAGUUUGAAGUGGAUGAUGAGGAUCCUGCAGUAUACAAACCAGUCCUCUAAAAAACCACAGAAGAUCAGGUGGUUCUCACUUCUGAAGCAUAGGCUAACUUGGAAACAACAGCUGAGGAUUUCCAAAUAUUUCCAGAAAACUCAUCUGCCCUUGAAACUGUUCCACCUGAAGCGGCAGUCUCUACUCCACAAAAACAGAACCAGGAAGGAUCAAAUGAAGAAUUACAGCAACGAACUUCUCCAUUCUGAAGCUUUAGAGAUUCUCACAAAUCCUACUGAAACUGAGAUCCCGGAGAAGUCAGCAGAAAAUCUGGAGAUGUCCAAAACUCCAGAAACAAAUGAAGCUCAAGAAGAGCAAGCUGUAGAAGCCCAGAGAAGUUCUGCAGAAGCUGAGAAGGAAACUCAAAUGGAAGAACUGGAGGCCUCCAAAUCUCCAGUAGCCAUUUUUGAAGGACAGAAUGAAGCUGAAGAAAGAGACUCCCUCUCUCGGGAUAUAUCAAAUUUCACACUUGGGGAAGCAGAAGAAGAAUCUGAAAGGACCCUGAAGAUCAAUGAUGAAGAAGAUGUACAAGAUGAUGCUGAAUCUCUUCCUAUGCAACUCUUCCAAAGAACACUCUCUUCUCAUCAAGCAAGAGAUAGAGCAGAUGGAAGCCAGGCACAACAAACUGAUUGAGAAAUCCGAAGAAACACACUGCUCCAAU